AUGUCCAACAUUGAGGUUUUUGACCUCAGAAACCCCAGGGACCCCGACUCCGUCAACGAGGGCGCCCAGGAGGUGGCAGACUUCAUGGUGGUGGCCACCGGUAAGAGCGCCAAGCAUCUGCAGAAAGCCACCUUGGAACUGAACCUGUUUGUCAAACACCAGCUCAAGAGUCUCACGUCGAACGAGGGACUGCUCUCGACGGCCCAAUUGGCCAAAUUCCGCCGCCGCUUGCUCAAACGAGGCAAGAAGGGUCCUUCGUACGCCAUGAACGACUACGGAGCAGCAGCAAACACCUGGGUCAUGGUCGACUGCAAGGACGACAACAUCGCCGUGCACCUGCUCACGGAGGAACGGCGCGACGAUCUCGAUCUGGAGUCGCUCUGGGCGCAGGAUAAGUCCAAGUACGAAAACAGAAAAACCCGCGUUGAUGACGAUAAUAUUUUCAGUGGUUUCCGGUUCAUGCACACCAUGAGACGCCCGGUGAGCGCUGGUGGCAUUCUCACCCAGCUGGCCGGGUUCAGAAGCUAUUCCCAGGUCGGGUUCGACCAGCUCAAGAGACUCCAUCUGGAGAACCCAAAAGCGUGUCCUUUGGAUAAGGUGCAGAACCAUCUGCUUACCAAACAGGCCCAGGGAACUCUGGUCACGUCGCGGGAGAUCGCCGAGCUGGUCGAGUUGAUCUUGCAAUCCGCCGAGUUCCAUGACGGACUAACUUCCGAGACUGAGGUGUUCAGUCGUCGAACCAACACUAUUUUGCACAUCCUGUCCACUUUCAACCCGAUCCUCACAGAGAAAGAUAUCACGGAAUUGCUGCCCACGUUGGUGAUCGCAGGCUCACAAGCUGACAACGAGAACUUCGUCAAGCUCAACUCAAAAGAACCAAAACCAAACCCAGAGCUGAGAUACUCUGUCCAGGUUAACCAUCUGUACAGACUGUAUGAGUCCAUUUUCAAAAACCGCAAGUUUGCACCGUUCCUCACGCAAAUGGACCUCAUUUUCCUCACCAUUUUCGCCAACAGAAACAACUGGGUCUAUAUGAAGAAAGUGGUUGAUUCCGCACUGGCACGACAGGACUUUGUUCCUGUUGAGGCCGCCCUCAAUUUCCUGUCUAUAAGCGGCACCCCGGCCCAGUGUUUGGAAUUUAUCGACGCGUACCUGCCAUAUUUGCGUCUAUCUCCGUCUUUCCAUGAAUCAGAGCACAAGUCCCAGAUUGACAGUGUCACGACCAAGGCCACCAGUCUAUAG